AUGCUUUCUAUACCCCCACUCAAGGAAAACGGACUAACCAGAGGCGCUUUCAACAGGAACUGUGUUAUCCUCGCCAAUGCCGAGGCGUUUGACAAGAUACCCAAGGCCUGGAUUCCUAGGCCAGACUGGUGGACUACUCCAUUGAAGCCGCGCCCUGAGAACUACCUCAAGGGACUGUCUCUCAAUCCCGCCAAGACUAUUCGGAUGGCUGUUGUCGAUCUAGUGGGCAAAGAGACGCUUCAAAUGAUGAUCCCCAAUGAUUUGCUCAACUCCAAGGGUGGUGGCUUAGAUAUCGUGGUCAACUGUGAGGACCCAGAGAAGCAGCUGGAGUUGCCUACGCACAAAGUUGACUACAGCAAGUGGGCCAAUGUUGUCGGCGAAAAGUAUGCCCCGGCUGAGACGGAGCUGCUCAAGAUCAAAGAGCCGGCAGAGCAACUCGUCAAGGAUUCGGAAGCCGCCGUUGCCGAGGCCGAGAGGGCUGCCUCUGUCCAAGACGUGGAGGCGGCCAGCGCCAAAGCCUCGGCUGCGCUGAAGAGCAUGCAAGCCAUUGCGCGGCAGACGGUCGAGUACACCAUCAAGAACAACGACUGGCUGUUUAUCGAGAACAACUUGGACACGUUCCGCCAGUACAACACGGCGCGAGCAAGUCUCAAGUCGGCCGAGCUGGCCGCCGACGAAAAGAUGGCAGAGGACUACAAGACCAAGUUUGACGCGGCCGUGAAGGAGGCGUCGUCUGCCAACAACGUCUACAUCGAACCGGAGAAGAUUGUCGUCAAGAUCGACAAGGUAGCCGACAAGGUCCAGAAGGACCUGGAGGCGCUCAAGGCCUUGAAGGCGAACCCGGACAGUGCGCCCCCCCUCAAGCUGGGAAAACUCGACCGCCGUGAUGUGUUGAAGCUCAAGCAGCUGGAGGCGACGCUUCUCGAAUCGCAAAUCUCGGCCACGCAAAAGAGUCUGACCAAGGUGGCGGCAACUCAGACGCAGUGGGCACGGGCGGCGCGGCUGGCGCGUCGGGGCGGUGCUGUCGGGGGCGGCGCCGCAUUCACCGGCUCCUUUGCCGUCGGCGGCUACACCAUCUCCUCCGGGCUGGUCGCGUCCGAGGUGUCGGCGGCCGAGGUGGACGCGGUGCUGGCCGAGAUCCUGCCCGACGUCUGCACCGACGCCAUCGGCGAGGCGGCGCCCUCGCUGCGCCCCGUGACGCUGCCGACCGGCCCGGCCAAGAUUCCCGUGCUCGCGCGCAAGAGGCAGGCGGGCGGCGACACGCCGGAGCUCAAGCGCUGGAGGGUCGCCGCCGUCGCCCUGCUCGCCCAGCAGGCCAUCAAGGACGCCCUCGCCGAGGCCGUCAAGCAGGCGCAGCAGGAUAUGGGAACGAAGUAG